AUAUGGGUAAAAUAAAAAGGAAACCACAGCCCCAACCCGUGGAACAGGAUUCAGAUAGCGACUCCAGCUUUGCAGACGAGGAAGUGAAUGAGGCCGAGAAGCCUGCACAGGAGCCAGUCACUGACAGCAGCGAUGAUAGCGACAUGGAAAUGGACGAAAAAUCAGAGAAGAAGGAGCAGGAGCCAGAAGCUGAAGCCGGCUCUGCUGAAGAAAGUGAUGAUGAUGAUGACGAAGAGGAUGAAGAUGAGGACGACGAAGAUGAUAAAAAGGCGCGCCUGCCAGUGCUGAAUCCUCUGAGCUUGAUGAAAAACAAAGAACAGCGCAUGGCGCUCUAUCGUAAAAUGAAAAAGGAAAAGCACAAGAAAAAGAUGCAGGAGCGACGAGCACGUCGCAAGGCGGGCGUGCCAGCUAAUCCGGGACACACCAUAGAAAGUCUGCGCGAGAAAGAUCAAACCGAGGUGAGCAAUCUCAACGAUUCCGAUAACGAGGAACUGCGCAAGGAGCUGGAGAUCGACGAUUUCAGUACGUACUUCGAACGUAUAUACGAGCCAAAGGUGCUCAUCACCUUCGCCGAUAACCCGGUGACAAAAACUCGCAAAUUUGGCUUAGAGCUAUCGCGCAUAUUUCCCAAUGCGCUGGUCAAGAUACGCAACAAGGCGUCGGUGAAGACAAUCUGCAAAAGCGCCGAGCGGGAGCAGUUCACAGAUGUGGUCAUUGUCAAUGAAGAUCGACGUAAGCCCAACGGAUUGCUGGUCAUACACUUGCCCAACGGACCGACGGCGCAUUUUAAGGUGUCCAAUGUAAAGCUGACUUCGGACAUAAAGCGCAACCACAAGGAGAUAACCAAGCAUCGACCGGAGGUUAUACUAACCAAUUUUACAACUCGUCUGGGUCUAACAGUGGGUCGCAUGCUGGGCGCUCUGUUCCAUCAUGACCCGGAAUUCCGUGGCCGACGCGCCGUCACCUUUCACAAUCAGCGCGAUUAUAUAUUCUUUCGGCACCAUCGGUACGAGUUCUCCAAGGAGGGCAAGCGCGUCAAGCUGCGCGAAUUGGGGCCACGCUUUACGCUCAAGUUACGCUCCCUGCAGGAGGGAACCUUCGACAGCAAAACGGGCGACUACGCUUGGAUCAUAAGCAAUAAGCGGCAUGCCAUGGAGUCCAGGCGUCGCUUCUUCCUUUAGUUUAAGACUCUUGCUUUCGAUUUGAAAUAUGUUAAUAUUUUGUGUUACGUAGAGAACAUAAAUAAACGAUAAGGGAAAUAUAAAACAAA